AUGGCACGGUCGCCGGCCAAACCUUCUUUGUCCGCUUUUCAGGCCUUGAGAUCCAAGUUAAAUGGGCUCAGCUAUGUACAGCCUUUCAGCGAGGAAUCCUUGGCGCUGGUGGAGCGCCUCUUGGAAGACUUGCUGAAAUCUGCUGAGUCCUACCGGGUGCUACAGCGUGCUGUAGCAAAGCGGGAGACACAAACACAGGAAGUAGUCGCAGAGCUGGAAGUCUUGCACGACGAACAACCGCAAUUGCUGCGCGAAAAUGUGGAGCUGCACAAGCGGCUUCUUCACAGCAGCACCUUGGUCUGA